AUGCUGCUCACCUCUAUGCUUGCACUUAAGCAUUCGUCCAUGACGCUGGUUGUGGUUUUCAGAUGUUUGUCGCCCCUUUUUGCCAUGCCAAUUGAAUGGUUUUACCCCAAGCCCUUGAGAAUUUCCAUGGCGAUGCUGGGCGCCAUGCUCUGCAUGCUGCUAGGUGCCUGCCUCUAUGCCUCACAGCUCCCAUGGGUUGCCUGGUGGCAGGCCAUCUCAAGGGCAAACCAUGGUGGGGAAAGUGAUGACCAUUGA